AUGUACUACCGCAACGCACAGGCCGCCCUCGUCGUCUACGACCUCACCAAGCCCUCCUCUCUCAUAAAAGCCAAACACUGGGUCGCCGAGCUCCAGCGCCAAGCGAGCCCCGGCAUCGUCAUUGCCUUGGUAGGCAACAAGCUCGAUCUCACAAAUGACGGCGAGGCCACCGGUCUAGAUCCGCCUUUGGCCAGGGAACCUGCCGCCUCGGACGGCUCUCCGGCGCCCAAAGCUGAUACAGAUGGAGAGGAAGGUGCAAACGCCGGCGGAGAAGUAGAAGAAGAGGGUCCCUUGAGCGAUGCCAGGAAGGUAUCUACGCACGAAGCCAGCUCGUACGCCGACGACGAGGGGCUGCUAUUCUUCGAGACCAGCGCGAAAACAGGCGUCAACGUCGCAGAGGUGUUCACGGCCAUUGCAAACGCCAUCCCAGAGACCAGCCUCAAGACUUCGCGAGCGGCCGGUGCAGGGCAGACAGCGCUAGGCGCCGGACGGUCGGCAGAAGACUCGCGGGUCAACCUGCGAGACCGCGGGGCUGCUACUGCGAAGGAAGGCUGUGCUUGCUGA